UGCCCUUCGCCCGGGUCGUGCCGCGGGUUCCGCUGGAGCCCCGGUCGAGUGGCGGAUGGGGGGGCAGUCUCGGCUGUGAUAGUUAGGACUUCGCUUUUCUGGAUGAGUCCCAGCUUACAGAAACACUGCAAAGCCAUGAUCUCUGGGUCCAACAGCACUCCACCUGGCCCCGACAACACACCUCCAUCGAAGUGCGUCCUAGGAGCUAUCCCCGUCAUUUACUACAGCGCCCUCCUCUGCGUGGGAGUACCAGUGAACAUCCUGACGGUGGUGGUGCUGUCCCGGCUGGCGGCCCGGACCAAGAAGGCGCUGUAUGUGUACCUCCAGGCGCUGACGGGCUCGGACAUCCUCACCCAGCUCUUCAUCAUCUUUGUGGGCUUCCUCCUGGAGACGGCCAUCUUCCACCGGGAUGUUCCCCAGCUGCUGCUCCACUCCGUCAGCAUCCUGGAGUUCGGUGCCAACCACGCCUCCAUCUGGGCGGCGGUGCCGCUGACGGUGGACCGCUACUUGGCGCUGUGCCACCCGCUGCAGCAUCGCCGUAUCAGCUACCCGGCCAGGGCACGGCGCAUCAUCGGCGUCGUCUUUGCACUGGCGUUGGUGUCAGGCGUUCCCUUCUUCUGGUGGUCGGACAUGUGGCGCGUGAGCGGCCCGCCCACAACCCUGGACCGCGCCCUCAUCUGGACGCACGUCACCAUCAUCUACUUCCUGCCCUGCAGCAUCUUCCUGACGCUCAAUGCGCUCAUCCUCCGGCGGCUCAGGGUGCGCCAGAGGCAGCAGUGCCAGGAUGGGCGCUCCGGCGGCCAGCAGGGGGCAUCGUCAUACCGUCUGGGCAAGACCACCGCGAUGCUGCUGGCCGUGACCUCUGUGUUCUCGGUGCUCUGGGCUCCGCGCACCGUGGUGGUCCUCUACCACCUGCACGUGUCCUCCGUGCACGGGGACUGGCGCGUGCACCUGGCGUACGACCUGGCCAACAUGCUGGCCAUGCUCAACACGGCGGUCAAUUUCUUCCUGUACUGCUUUGUGAGCCGGCCCUUUCGCGCGGCCGUCAGGGACGUGCUGCUGCUGAAGGGGGCGCUGCUGUGCCCGCUCCGUGCCCUCCGCCACCAGCAUGCAGCUGCCAACGUCUCCACCUCCUCGCUCUCCAGCAGCCACAAGCGGCACCUCCGCCCCAGCACCAAGCCGCACCAGGGCGACUCUCUGACCCUGCCUCCUUCCACUUCAUAGAUUGUUUGAUCAUGUGACCUAAUCUCCUCCCAUUUCCCAGGCU